AGCCAUCCAGAGCGCGGUCACAGUCCGACUGGCGGCACGGAGGCGGCGGCGGCGGCAGCGGCGGCGGCAGCAGCAGCGGCAGCUGUAGCUGCAGCAGCAGGUAAAGAGAGCGUUUUCUCAAAGAAAAUAACAUAGCACAGAAGGAAAAAUAAAAAGAAAUUACUGCAGAUUUUACUUUAUGUAAGAAAAUCUACAGUUUCUUCGAGACACUCAUAUAAAGGAAGCAGUCAUGUUUCAUGAGUCCUCAAAACUGAGACAAGAGAAUGUAGUAGAGUGAGGCCAGAAGUCCUUACUGGUUCAAAGAACUCCGGGGAAACUGGGAUAGAACAUUUUACAUUAUAAGUAGAACCCUGGGAGCCAGAGGUGAAUACAAGUUUAUCUGCAGAGCUCCGCUGCAGGGCUGAUCUGGGUCUGGAAGAAAUGGAUGAGAGCCAGUGGAUGAAAUUCACUAAUACUAGACAUCUGAGUCCUCUAAUAUUGGUGAAUGAACUUUGCUAAGUAUGGAUUCAGGUGGUGGAAGUCUUGGAUUGCACACGCCAGACUCUAGAAUGGCCCAUACCAUGAUUAUGCAAGAUUUUGUGGCUGGAAUGGCUGGUACUGCACAUAUCGAUGGAGACCAUAUUGUUGUUUCAGUUCCUGAAGCUGUAUUAGUUUCUGAUGUUGUCACAGAUGAUGGGAUAACUCUUGAUCAUGGCCUUGCAGCUGAAGUUGUCCAUGGACCUGAUAUCAUCACAGAGACUGAUGUAGUAACAGAAGGUGUGAUUGUUCCUGAAGCGGUACUUGAAGCUGAUGUUGCCAUUGAAGAGGAUUUAGAAGAAGAUGAUGGUGAUCACAUCUUGACUUCUGAAUUAAUUACAGAAACUGUUAGGGUACCAGAGCAGGUAUUCGUGGCUGACCUUGUUACUGGUCCUAAUGGACACUUAGAACAUGUGGUCCAAGAUUGUGUUUCAGGAGUCGACUCUCCCACAAUGGUAUCAGAGGAGGUUCUUGUAACUAAUUCAGAUACAGAAACUGUGAUUCAAGCAGCUGGAGGUGUUCCUGGUUCUACAGUUACUAUAAAAACCGAAGAUGAUGAUGAUGAUGAUGUCAAGAGCACUUCUGAAGACUACUUAAUGAUAUCUUUGGAUGAUGUUGGAGAGAAAUUAGAGCAUAUGGGGAAUACACCAUUAAAAAUUGGCAGUGAUGGUUCACAAGAAGAUGCUAAAGAAGAUGGGUUUGGUUCUGAAGUAAUAAAAGUGUAUAUAUUUAAAGCGGAGGCCGAAGAUGAUGUUGAAAUAGGUGGAACAGAAAUUGUCACAGAGAGUGAGUACACCAGUGGACAUUCAGUAGCUGGAGUGCUUGACCAGAGCCGAAUGCAGCGGGAGAAGAUGGUUUACAUGGCAGUUAAAGAUUCUUCUCAAGAAGAAGAUGAUAUCAGAGAUGAAAGAAGAGUUUCCCGAAGGUAUGAAGAUUGUCAAGCAUCAGGAAAUACUUUGGAGUCAGCAUUAGAAAGCAGAAGUAGUACAGCAGCACAGUACCUUCAAAUUUGUGACGGCAUUAAUACAAAUAAAGUACUUAAACAAAAAGCCAAGAAGAGGAGAAGGGGAGAAACCAGGCAGUGGCAAACAGCUGUUAUAAUAGGUCCUGAUGGACAGCCCCUCACAGUGUACCCUUGCCAUAUUUGCACAAAAAAGUUUAAAUCCAGGGGAUUCUUAAAAAGACACAUGAAGAAUCAUCCUGAUCAUUUAAUGAGAAAAAAAUAUCAGUGUACAGAUUGUGACUUUACAACUAACAAGAAAGUGAGUUUCCAUAACCACUUAGAAAGCCAUAAGCUUAUAAACAAAGUUGACAAAACCCAUGAAUUUACAGAAUACACACGAAGAUACAGAGAGGCUAGUCCACUGAGUUCCAAUAAACUUAUUUUAAGAGACAAGGAGCCGAAGAUGCACAAGUGCAAAUACUGUGACUAUGAAACUGCAGAACAAGGACUGUUAAACAGGCAUUUGUUGGCCGUUCACAGCAAGAAUUUUCCUCAUGUUUGUGUUGAGUGUGGGAAGGGUUUUCGACAUCCUUCUGAACUCAAAAAACAUAUGAGAACCCAUACUGGUGAGAAGCCAUAUCAGUGUCAGUAUUGUAUUUUCAGGUGUGCAGAUCAAUCAAAUCUGAAAACUCACAUUAAAUCUAAACAUGGUAACAAUUUGCCAUAUAAAUGUGAGCAUUGUCCCCAAGCAUUUGGUGAUGAGAGGGAGCUUCAACGCCAUCUGGAUUUGUUUCAAGGACAUAAGACACACCAGUGUCCUCAUUGUGACCAUAAGAGCACCAAUUCAAGUGACCUUAAGCGGCACAUCAUAUCUGUCCAUACUAAGGAUUUUCCUCACAAAUGUGAGGUCUGUGAUAAAGGUUUUCAUCGUCCUUCUGAGCUCAAAAAGCAUAGUGAUAUCCAUAAGGGUAGGAAGAUUCAUCAGUGUAGGCACUGUGACUUUAAAACAUCCGAUCCAUUUAUUCUUAGUGGCCAUAUCCUUUCAGUUCAUACUAAAGAUCAGCCACUGAAAUGUAAAAGGUGCAAGAGAGGAUUCAGACAACAAAAUGAGCUCAAAAAACAUAUGAAGACCCAUACUGGAAGGAAGAUUUACCAAUGUGAGUAUUGUGAAUACAGCACUACAGAUGCAUCUGGCUUUAAACGACAUGUGAUAUCGAUACAUACAAAAGACUAUCCACACAGGUGUGAAUUCUGCAAGAAGGGAUUCCGAAGACCAUCAGAAAAAAAUCAGCAUAUUAUGAGGCACCACAAAGAAGCUCUUAUGUAAUAAGAUCAAUAUAAAGAAAGAAGCUAUUUAGGAGAUAUGAUAUGCUACUUGGGAGAAAACUCUCACUAGCUGUCUCACCGGGUUUCAAAGCUUGAUACUAAACCAUGACUUUACAUUCUUUGUAUUAAAGAUCUUAAAAUAUUUGAAUUCACGGGGGAUCGCAUAGCCCUUUGAAAAUUACUUAAAGAAUUUAAGAAGCACUAUAGAAUGGUCACAGAAAAACUUCUUAAGUAUCUAUGUAAUAGUAUUAUAUGCAUACUUAAACUACAGAGGGGAAAAGCAAAGACAGAUACUUUAUUUGGCUGAUUAUGUUAGAUACAAAUGUUUCUGAAAAGAAUACAUAAUUGAGUUUAGCGAUGCUUUGCUAUAGCAAGCAAAUCCACUUUUAUGCAAUUUUAGAAAUGGGGCGGGGAAACAAAAUGUGGUCAUUCAUCAGUCACUUAGUCAUUGAGCCUUUUAUAUUGUACCUGGAAAUUAAAUUCCAGAAAUGACAAAAGUUUUGUGUAUUCAUUAAAAGAAAACUAACUGGAAAACAGGUUAGAUUAAUUCAGUACUAUUAAAAAAGAAUUCAGAGCUGUUAAUAUUUUAUCACAAGAUAGGAUACUUAAAAUAUAGCAUUCUGUGCUGAGGUCUAAGGUGAAGUCUAUAAAGAUUAAAGUUCCCUUUUUUCUGAUGUUCAAGUUGAUUGUUGUUCAGUAUGGCAUAUAUGACAAAAAUAUAUUUGAGUCAAAUGUGGCUUUCUAAAAUGGAUGCAACAUUAGCGUUGCAAACAAAAUCAGCACUAUAUUUCUUAAUGAUCUAAAGAUUAAAUUGAGAGAACACAGUUUUCUUAAAUAUUAUAAUGUCUAGAGUUUUUUUAGGACAGUCUUAGCAAGUAUGAUUGUUCUAGUCUUACUUGCUCUAAUGUUUAAAGGUGCAAUUUUAUGCCAUUAUUGAAAUUGAUUUUUAAAAUCUAUAUACCAUAUUAUUAACAUGCAUUUUCAAUAUGAGGCAGUGUUUAUGCAGUAUUUAACAGAGCAAUCUGCUGCCAAUAGAGUUUGGAGGUGGAUAUUUAGUUUACAGUGUAUAAACUUAAAAUAUGCAUCCCUUUAACAACGCUUUGUGUUAGCAUGCUGCAAAUCAAAAUGGCACUUAAUAUUAAAACCUGGUUUAGGGAAAUUUUAUGAAAAUCCUGUUCAUAAAUGUAAUGCAUAUGAUAUGUACUUUUAAGUUUUAGUUGCUUCAUGUUUACAUUCAGCUGUUCAACAUAAUUAAAAUGUAAUUUUACUUCAUGCUAUAUUGUGGCUUUGUGUUUCAAAUAAUGUUCACCUUUCUGUUUUUGCACCAGAUAAGAAUCAGUUCCUUGAGAGUAAAUUUUUUAUCUUUCUUAACUUCAGAAUAUUAAAUUUGGAAUAUCUACUAAAAUUGUGUGUUAUGUGGCUGUAAAUGAUGUACACGCUGUAAAAUAAGAUCGCUACUGUUAUGUGGGAUUAUUAUUUCUAAAUGUUACUCAUUGAAAUGAGCAUACAAUAAAAAGCAUUUAUUGCA